UUUAAAUGUACGGAUCAAGUAACUAUCCCAAUGUACCUAAUCUGGGCAUCCAGAUUCCACAAACUUCGGUAAUGCCACCCAACCAGGAUGUUUUUGGUGUUCCAGGAGCAGAACUUCAGGAUUUGGUUAGAAAGAUAGACAAUGUGCUCAAAAAUGAUGAAAAGAUGACUGUAAAGACUGAUAGCACUUUUUACCGAGAUUUUGGACAGAACUUCUCAUUACCUAAAGCUCAUGUACCUGAAGUGCCCAGGACAGGAUCUCCUAUCAGAAUUCAGAGUAAAUAUCAACUAUCUCUAAAUCAGGAUUACCUUCCUCAACAGAAUCAUCAUGAGCCAAUGAAUAACUAUUUUCAGGAAAACAUUACAGGAGGCAAAAAGUCUCUUGAUUCUAUUCUCAGAGAAAUUUCGAAAAUUAACACAGAUCUUGACAAUAUCACUCCUUCAGCUUACACUCCAAAGCCAGGACACUACCAGCAAAGCCAUACUGCUCCUCGGUACAUUCCUUUAUCAAAGCCUUCACCAACUCCGAUGGCUUCAGUUCCAAAAGAAGAUACUUUAGAUGCAAUUAUUGAUAACAUACAGAAUUUAUCUAAAAUUCAACUGAAGAAACCGAUAGAUAGCCGCUAUUACCCUCAGGACAAAGCCAGUCAUUCAUAUAUCGAGCAAUACAAGAAGCCUGAGUUUAUAGAAGCUCCAAGGGAACCUAAAGUCAUCCAGAUUCCACAGAUGCAGAAUUAUGAGCCAAAAGAAGAUCUCAGAGAGAGGUUUGAGAGAAAGCCCAGUAGAAGUGUAACUCCAUUGAGGUCAAAUAUCAACAGAGUUGAGAUGACACCUGUAAAGUAUCAGCCUAUCUUUGAACCUAAAGAGAAUGAAGAUCCAAAUGAUCUUCCUAUAAAAGAGCAAGCAGUUGAAGUAAAAGAGGAGAAAAAGCAAGAGUCUGAGCCUGAAAUCCCUGUGAAGCAAGUGUUAACUCAGAAUCGCUCUGUCCAGGAUUUCAGAGGGAACAGUGGUUCAAAAGUUCCUUUAAGACAACAAAGUGCGAAUAACUAUCAAAAAACUCUGGAGAAUAUCAGAAAUAGAACACCUAGCAAGCUUAACUCCUUGGAAGAAGUGUAUAGAGCGAGGGAGAAAGACCAAAAAGUGACGGUUCAAAUGAGUUCUAAAUUCAUAAACCUCCCUACAAACAUCAGACGUGGGAUAAAAUAAUUUCAAUGGCAAA